AACAUAGACUUACAGCUGCAACUGCCAUUCGGCAAUUGAAAGUUGUCUUUACGUAAAUAGCGUUUACCGACAUAUAUUUAAUAGUGCAGAAUAUGCUAUAUAGUUCCUUUACAAGCUAUUAAAUAUGAAUGAUAUCCUGAGACCGGAAUUGCUUUGGAUAGAGGGAAGGUGCUAUAGAGUGCAUGAUCCAGCGACGGAAAUAACAGCCUUUCAGGAAUACGAUUUAUACGAAAACGAUACUCCACUAAACGAAGUGGAUGAAGACGAUGAUGACACAGCUUAUGAGAUAGUUAUGAUAGAUAGCAACAGAUAUACAACUAAUAUCCACGUUCCAAGGCAUUACAUUGGAUCAAUAAUUGGUAAAAAAGGUGCAACAAUCAGUCGAAUUGGUAGAGAUACGAAAACUGUUAUCAAAAUACCUCGACAUGGGGAAAAUUCAGAUAUAUCUAUUUUCGGACCCAGUAUCACUAAUGUUAAAGCAGCUAUACGGCGAAUCAACAUUAUUGUGAUGGCUGCAAGAAUGAAGCAGAAACCCACACACUUCAUAUCCAUACCAAUGAAUGCGGCUAAUAUAGUGGAAGGCUUCGAAAGAUUCAAAGUACGAGUCCUUCAGGAUUGUCCGAAUGUAGAUGAGUCUUUGUUCAUUCGAUCUACAAAACUACAUAUAACAUUAGGAGUAAUGUGUUUAAUGCACAAUGAAGAACGUCAGCUGGCAUCCAAACUGUUAUUGGAGGCAAAAGAUAAAUGUAUUUUGCCAAUAGUGAAAGAGUUUCUGCCAUUGAAAAUCAGAUUAAAAGGUUUAUCGUAUAUGAAUGAUGAUCCUAAGGCUGUUGACGUGUUAUAUGGCUGUGUCGAAGAAGUGGACGCGCCUUCAGGAAUAUUACAACAAUUAGUUGACUCUAUAUUUAACCAUUUUAAAAACGCAGGUUUAAUGCACAGUUCUCAGAAUCAUGAAAUCGAUAAUGUUAAGAUGCAUGUAACGUUGUUGAAUUCCAAGUACAGGCAGAGACAACAAAAUUCAGAUUUAAACGAUAAUAAACAUAAAAGGGAGACUUUCGAUGGAUCUGAUGUUUUGUUGAAAUUUUCCAAUUAUGACUUCGGUGUUACGGAAUUGCGUGACGUGCAUUUAUCCCAACGUAAUACUUCGGGACCGGACGGAUAUUACCUGUCAACUGUCAUUAUAUCUGUCAACUGAACUGCCAUUAUAUCAUGUGUCAAUUAAUAGAUUAUAAGAGGAAUUUUUAUACAGCAAUGACACUGACCGAAUAUAUCGUGCACGUCUUUGCAUGGAUGAAGCAUAUUUAAAAACAACCAACCAUCCAUUUUUAUAACAUAUAAAAUUGUUAAACUUGAA